AUGGCCGACAAGGAAGCAACGGUAUAUAUCGUCGACGUGGGAAGGUCGAUGGGGGUUCAGCGCAAUGGCCGUUCAGUCACAGAUCUGGAAUGGGCCAUGCAGUAUGUCUGGGACCGCAUUACGGUAACGGUCGCUACAGGACGGAAGACGGCCAUGCUGGGCGUUAUCGGACUUCGGACAGAUGGAACCUCCAACGAACUUGAAGAUGAUCCCCAUUUCUCGAAUAUUUCGGUUCUGUCGAAUAUCAAACAGUUUCUCAUGCCAGACAUCCGCAAGUUAGACGAUGAUCUCAAACCCAGCCAGACCGAUAAGGGAGAUGCCAUAUCCGCGAUUGUUUUGGCUAUUCAGAUGAUCAGCGUACACUGCAAGAAACUGAAGUACAAACGCAAGAUCGUCUUGGUCACCAACGGUCAAGGUCGUAUGAGCAAUGAGGGCACCGACGAGAUCACCAAGAAGAUCAAAGAGGAUAACAUCGAACUUGUCAUCUUGGGUGCCGAUUUCGAUGACCCUGAAUACGGUGUCAAGGAAGAAAACAAAGAUGCCCGCAAGGCAGAGAAUGAGGAGCUCCUCCGAAAUCUGGCCGAAAGCUGUGACGGGGCCUAUGGCACUCUCGAACAGGCAGUGUCAGAAUUAGACAUUCCCAGAGUCAAAGUCGUCAAGUCAAUGGCUAGUUUCAGGGGACACCUUCAACUAGGGAAUCCCGAGGUGUACGAAACUGCAGUCCGUAUCCCGGUUGAGAGAUACUACCGGACCUAUGUGGCAAAACCUCCCUCGGCGAGCUCAUACGUUCUGCGCUCGGAUCUUGCAGCUGGCGAAGAAACAGGCGGACAGCCCGAAUCUGCUGCCGCGCAAGAAAACGAACCCGGGGAUGGCAAUACCCUGACGUCGGUACGAAAUCUCAGAACAUACCAAGUCACAGACGAGAGUGCUCCUGGUGGGAAGAUCGAUGUGGAGCGUGAUGAUCUUGCAAAGGGCUACGAAUACGGCCGCACUGCAGUUCACAUCGACACGACUGAUGAGAACAUCACUACACUCGAAACAUUUGCGGGCCUAGAGCUGAUCGGGUUCAUUGCGAAUGACCAGCGUGCUAACGAUAAGGCAACCCUUGCCUUAUCAUCUUUCAUCCAUGCCCUAUUCGAACUGGAAUGCUACGCGGUAGCUCGGCUGGUGACGAAAGAAAACAAGCCGCCGAUAGUUGUCUUGCUUGCGCCGUCUAUAGAGCCAGAUUAUGAAUGUCUUCUCGAAGUUCAGCUUCCUUUCGCCGAGGACGUACGGACGUAUCGCUUCCCUCCACUUGAUAAGGUCAUUACUGUCUCUGGAAAGGUUGUGACCCAACACCGGAACCUUCCGAGUGACGACCUGCUCGAUGCGAUGAGUAAAUACGUGAACAGCAUGGAACUUGUCAACACAGAUGAGGACGGGAGUCCCGGAGUUGACGAAAACAGUGACCCAAUAGAAGGCCUGCCGAUUGAGGAUUCCUUCUCUCCAGUGUUGCACCGAAUUAAUGCAGCCAUCCGGUCCAGAGCCAUACACCCGAACGAGCCUAUCCCGCCUCCUUCAGAAAGACUGACAAAGUUCUCGCACCCACCGGACGAACUGGUGGAGAAAUCCAAAAAAUACCUAGAAAAGCUCAUGGAAGUUGCCGAAGUCAAGAAAGUGCCGCCCAAAACCAAAGGGAGAAAGCGCACCCGUGAAGCCGAAAAGCCUCUGUCCGGCCUCGAUGUGGAUGCCCUACUUCAUCAAGAGAAGCGGACGAAGAUCACCCCCAACAAUGCCAUUCCCGAGUUCAAGCAGGCCGUGUCUCAGGCCGAAAACAUUGAUGCAAUCAAGAAUGCUGUGACGCAGAUGACCACGAUUAUUGAGGACCAGAUCAAAAACAGUCUAGGCGAUGCCAACUAUGACAGAGUCAUUGAAGGGCUGGGGGUAACGAGAGACGAGUUGAUAUCUUUCGAAGAGCCAGGUAUCUACAACGACUUCCUGAAACAGCUGAAGGACAAGAUCCUCAAAGAGGAACUCGGCGGUGAUCGACGAGAGCUGUGGUGGCUUGUACGAAAGAGCAAACUGGGCUUGAUCAACCAGCGCGAGUCGGAUCAGUCACGAGUGACAGAAAAGGAGGCCAAUGAGUUCUUGUCGGCAAAGUAG